GAUUAACCUACAAAUAUUUUGACAGCCUACAUAAACCACCCAUAAAUAUUUUAACACUUUCCCCGCCAUUUGUCUAAUCUCUUUCCUUCUCUCUCUACACUCUCACUUCACCUUCUCUCUAGGGCUUAUUCUAUUUCAAAUUCCCAAUUUCUUUCCUCCCCUCUCUCUUCACUAGCCCUAAAUUCCAAAAAUUUGAACCUCUAAAUUCGAUCAAUUCCUGCAAUUUGAUGAUUAAAUUUGAAGCUAUUUUCAUCUAAUUGAAAAAAUGAGCUACAAUUACACCGAUUGGAGCCAAAGAGGAAUCACUCUCUCCAAUACUCUACAUUCUGAAGUUGCUCCAUGCUUGCCUCUGCCUUCUCUUCCGCCUUUUUGUGGUGCUUCUGAUGAGCAGCUUCGGCUUUUUGAUGACCGUGUUUCACGACCUUUGAAUCGCCAAGAUGUUCUUGCUCAAGCUCCAAAAAUCGCUGAUCUCCUCCUUACUACUGAUGUUUCUUACUUGAAUCUCAAAAAUGGUGAUGCUUCUAUAUCUGGUUUGAAUGUGACGCGUAUGGACCUUUGCGAGGAGGUUCUACGUUACAAUAGAGAUGCAUUUGAGUGUACACUUCCAGGUCCUGUUGAAGAGCAUAUCCCUAAUGUGGAGUCUGAUCAGAACAUAUAUUACAGAAAUGAAAAUGUUACUUCUGUUAGCCAAGUUCAAGCAGUGUAUGGAGAGACUCACAGUGAGCAGCUUGCUCAUGUGGUUGAUCAAACAAAAUUUCAGGAAGUACCAUCAUCUUCUAAGAAGUCCAGAGGCAAGAAGAAAGGAAACAAGGGAGCACCAUCUUCUGCUAUGCCAGAUCCUGUUGAACAGCAAGAUGCUAUUGUCGGACGGUUCUAUGACUUUUUGGAGGACUUCUGUAGUAGGGCUGAAAUUCUUGGUGAGGAUCAAGAUGAAGCAGAAUGGGUACAGUUGUCAACACCUGACAUUCGUAAGGUUGUGAAGGAAGUGUUGUCGAUUCGAGAUGAGAAGCUGUUGCAUCGGGUUCCUGUAGAUAUUACUGUGAGACUAUUAAAGGUUUUAGAUAAUCAGAUUCAUCGUGCUGAAGGUCUAUCAAUUGAUGAGUUUGUAAAUUCAGAUUCAGAUGUGUCAUUGAUUUUCUGUGCACUGGAGUCAAUUCAUGCUGCUUUGGCUGUAAUGGCAUUGGACAACAUGCCUAAGCAAUUAUACAAGGAAGAGAUAAUUGAGAGAAUACUCGAGUUCAUCAGGCGUCAAAUCAUGGACAUAAUGUCAGCUUGUGAUCCUUCUUAUCGUGCUUUGCAUAGACCUGAUGCUAACAGAGUCGAAGGGGAAGAUGACCCAGAUUCUGAGGCUGAGUAUGGCUCUGCGAGCAAAAGACGGCGUACAACUAAAAGUGUGAAAGUGAAAAGGACAAUGGCAAACAGGAUUCCAGCUGCUGUGAACACGGUGUUUCAGAAGCUUUGUACUAUCCUUGGUCUUCUGAAGGACCUCUUGUUAGUAGAACGCCUGUCAGACAGCUGCAUCUUGCAGCUUGUUAAAACUUGCUUGUCGACUCUAUUGGUUGACAAUAUCCAACUUUUGCAAUUGAAGGCUAUGAGCUUGACCAGUGCGAUCUUCUAUUUAUACACACAGCAUAGAAGUUAUGUUGUUGACGAAGUUAUUCAACUUCUCUGGAAGCUACCCUUCUCAAAAAGAGCUGCCAGAGCAUAUCAUUUAUCUGAUGAAGAGCAGAAGCAGAUUCAAAUGGUUACUGCUUUAUUGCUCCAAUUGGUUCUCCAUAGUGCUAAUCUUCCCGAAGUUUUGAGGCAAACUUCAAACGAUAGUUCUAUCUUUGAAACUCCAAUGGAAACAAACUAUAUGAUUAAAUGCAAUGAGGCUGCCAGAGAGGCAUGUGUUUCAUUUUGGACACAUGUUCUUGAGAGGCUUACCAGUAAAAGCCAGGAUUCAUCUGAGGUGAAGGUGAUACUCGAGAAUCUUGUUGUGGAUUUGUUAACUACAUUGAAUCUGCCAGAGUACCCUGCUGCUUCCCUCAUUUUAGAAAUCCUCUGUGUCUUGUUGCUUGAAAAUGCUGGUCCAAAAGCUAAAGAUAUUGGUAUACGUUCUAUGGCAAUUGAUAUACUUGGUACAAUUGCUGCACGUUUGAAGCACGAGUCUGUCCUUUGCCGCAGGGAAAAAUUAUGGGUAGUGCAGGAGCUGGUUGGUGGAGAAAUUGUAAACGAGAAUGAACAAACAGAUACAUGUUCUGUUUGCUUGGAUGGAGUAGUUGAAAAAACUCUUGUGAUAUGUCAAGGUUGUCAGAGAUCAUUUCAUCCUGAUUGCAUGGGUGUCAGAGAACAUGACAUUGCUGCACGUGGCUGGCAGUGCCCUCUUUGUCUAUGUAGAAAACAACUUUUGGUGUUAGAGUCAUUCUGCAAAUCACAGUUAAAGGGUAAUUGCAAAAAUGAUCUUGCUCAAUCAGAAAAUUUGUCUGACAAGGCUGCUUCAAAACUGGAGACUGUUCAACAGAUGCUUCUGAAUUAUCUAGAGGAUUUGGGUUCUUCUGACGAUCUUCAUCUUUUUGUGUGCUGGUUUUAUCUAUGUCUCUGGUACAAGGAUGAGCCAAAGUCGCAGCAGCAAUUCAGCUAUCGCCUUGCCAGAUUGAAAUCCAAAGCAGUUAUACGUGAUUCUGGGUCCUUGUCAUCAUUGUUAACCAGAGAUUUUGUUAAAAAGAUAACCUUAUGUCUAGGGCAACUUAAUUCCUUUUCCAGAGGCUUUGACACUAUUCUUGGCCUGCUUUUGGGUAGUCUACGGGACCACUCACCUGUAAUUAGAGCUAAGGCACUGCGUGCUGUUAGUAUUAUUGUAGAAGCUGAUCCAGAGGUCUUACGCGAUAAGCGCGUUCAAUCAGCUGUUGAAGAUAGGUUUUGUGAUUCUGCAAUAUCUGUCAGAGAAGCUGCUUUGGAACUUGUUGGGCGGCAUAUUGCAUCUCAUCCGGAUGUUGGUCUGCAAUAUUUUGAAAAGGUUGCAGAAAGGAUUAAAGAUACUGGGUUAAGUGUUCGUAAACGAGCAAUCAAAAUAAUCAGAGACAUGUGUACAUCAAAUGCGGAUUUUGUGGGAUCUACACAUGCUUGCAUUGAGAUCAUUUCUCGUAUCAGUGAUGAAGAAUCUAGUAUUCAGGAUCUUGUUUGCAAAACAUUUUAUGAGUUCUGGUUUGAAGAACCUGCUGGGAGACAGUAUUUUGGCGAUAAUAGUUCUGUACCAAUCGAGGUGGCUAGAAAGACUGAACAGAUUGCUGACAUGUUAAGGAAGAUGCCUAAUCGUCAGCCUCUUGUCACCAUUAUCAAACGCAACUUGGCUCUUGAUUUCUUACCUCAGUAUAAGGGAACUGGGAUUAAUCCUGCGUCACUGGCAGCAGUACGCAACCGCUGUGAAAUGAUGUGCAAGUUUUCACUAGAAAGAAUUUUGCAGCUAGAGGAAAUGAACCCUGAGGAAGGCGAGAUGCAGAUACUUCCUUAUGUGACUGUUUUGCAUGCCUUCUGUGUCGUGGAUCCAUCACUCUGUGCACCUGCUUCCAAUCCUUCCCAGUUUGUUGUUACGCUGCAGCCAUAUCUGAAGAAUCAGGUUAAUAAUCGAGCUGUGGUACAACUCUUGGAGAGUAUCAUUUUUAUCAUUGAUGCUGUUCUCCCUUUAUUGCGCAAGUUGCCUCAAAGUGUCAUUGAAGAACUCGAGCAGGAUCUGAAGCAAAUGAUUGUGCGCCAUUCCUUUUUGACAGUUGUUCAUGCUUGCAUCAAGUGCCUAUGCUCUUUGAACAAAAUUUCUGGAAAAGGAGCAAGGUUAAUUCACAUCCUCAUUCAGGCGUUCAUCAAACGUUUGGAUGCCCUUGGUGUGGAUAACAAACAGCUAAUCUGCCGAUCAUUGUUCUGUCUUGGGCUUCUGAUCCGCUAUGGUAAUUCCCUGUUGAGUGCAUCUAAUGAAGGUUUCGACAUUGCUAGUUGUCUUAGCUUGUUAAAGAAGCUUCUUCUCGUUGAUGAUUUUAGUAUCAAGGUCAAAGCUCUGCAGGCUCUGGGCUUUGUUUUGAUUGCUAGGCCUGAAUACAUGUUGGAGAAAGAUGUUGGAAAAAUUUUGGGAGUAACACUAUCUCCCAGUUGUGAUGCUCGUCUUAAGCUGCAAGCUCUGCAAAAUAUGUAUGAUUAUCUCCUUGAUGCUGAAAGUCAGUUGGGGUCAGAUACAGUAGAAGAUAAUGUGGUUGACUCUUCCCAAGGUGGUGUUUCGGUUGUGCCAGCUGCUGCAGGUGCUGGAGAUACUAAUAUCUGUGGUGGGAUAGUGCAACUUUAUUGGAACCAUAUCUUGGAAAGAUGUUUGGACACUAAUGAACAAGUUCGUCAAUGUGGUCUGAAGAUUGUGGAAGUUACACUGCGCCAAGGACUUGUGCACCCAAUUACUUGUGUCCCUUACCUCAUUGCCCUGGAAACAGAUUCUUUUGAGGUGAACUCAAAGUUGGCGCAUCAUCUGCUUACAAUUAUGAAUGAAAAGUAUCCAGCCUUCUUUGAGAGUCGACUGGGUGAUGGACUACAGUUAUCAUUUAGUUUUAUACGAUCAAGGGGUGAAAUUUCAGUGGAUCCAAAUGUCAAAGAAAAAUAUGAGGAUGCAUCUUUUGCAAAUGCGAGGAUUGGAGUUUCUCGUAUAUAUAAGCUGAUACGUGGAAACCGUGUUUCAAGAAAUAAGUUCAUGUCAUCAGUUAUUCGUAAAUUUGAUAAUCCAUGCGGGAGCGAAACAAUUGUCCAUUUCUUGAUGUAUUGUGCAGAAAUUCUUGCUUUGCUACCCUUCACGGUUCCAGAUGAGCCUCUCUACUUGGUGUACACAAUAAACAGAGUGGUACAAGUUAGAUCUGGGACACUGGAAGCAAGUUUAAAAGCUUUCAGUUCUCAUUUCUCCCAGCGAAGUACGCAAAAGGUUCCAAUUGAAUAUGGGAGUAUUUGGCAGGAAUCAUCUGUUGCUCCUCUCCCUUCAUCUUCUGUAUCUUUUGAGUUAAAUGGUCAAGAUCGGCUGCCUGAAGAUGAGCGUUCCACAUGUAUGGUCAAGGAAGAAAAUGUACAGACCUGUUUUUCUGGUCCGUAUUUGCUUACUGAAGAAGAUCAAAUGAGAAUACAGGCUGUAUGUCUUGCAGCUUCUGCUCUUCAACUCCUUUUAAAGCUGAAGAGGCACUUAAAGAUCGUAUACAGUUUAGAUGAUGUUCGAUGUCAAGCAUUUUCACCUACCGAACCUCCCAAAUCUGGAGAGGCCCUCUCCAGGCAGAAUAUUCCUUUUAGGAUAGGUGACGUACAUUCCAGUUUGCCUUCUACUUCGGAAGAGUUGACCCAAAGAUAUCAGGAGUUCAAGAAUGCACUAAGGGAAGAUACAGUUGAUUACUCAACCUACUCGGCAAACAUUAAGAGGAAACGUCCACCCUCGCGAAGAGGAGGUAAAGCAGUCCGAAUGAUGGAGAGGGAUUAUGACGACGACGAUGAUGAUGAAGAUUGGACGCGUGGGCGGAGGUAUCAUAAUGGAAGACAAAGCAAUGGUGUCAGAGCAAGCCGGCGAUUAUAGUUUGUACAUAGCAGGUUAGGCUAACUUGUAUAGUUUAGUACAGAUGCAAUCAUGCAAAGAAAACAUAUACCAACAUGAAGAAAGUUGGAUUUGCUGAUACCAAGGUCCAAAUGCAAGGGGAGUGCAGUGAUUAUUGGCUCUGAAAGUGCUUGGGCUUGCAGCUGGUGUUUUGACCUAGUAACCACUUACCAAUUAUACAAAGGUAUAUUACUUUGCUAGCAAUUGAGCCAUAUUGGCUGAGCUUGUUUUGUCACAAUUUGAAUUAAAUAGGUCAGGCUUACCUCUAUUUUUGUAUCUUGGGGUUUGUCUUUCCUCAAUUCCGGACUGUAAAUUUGGAUUUAGUUUAUGGUAGCACAUAUGUAUUCUUGUCAAACAGCUUAGGCGAAGAUUUCAAAUGUGAGCUGAGUAGAUCUGUAUAUUGGAAUUGGAUCUCAAUCGGAGUUGUUUUUAGUUAAACUGGUAGAAUGUAAAUACAAGCUUUUUUU